AUGUACUUGAUGGUUCCUUCUAGUGCCAAGCAGUGCGAGUACCGGUACAAGCACCACCUCGCGCCCAAGAGAGGCCCCCGGCGCGUAGAUAGGGCGCCCAUGGCCUCGAAAGAGACGUUGAUGGCGGUGAACCAGCGUUUGCAGCUGCUUUUGACAAAGUCGGCCGUGGCCGCGCACCCGAGUCACAUCCUGGACCUCGCCUUGCUGUGCAUUGCGGCUUUGCCCGUCGAGACGUGCUCGGUUAUCGCCGAAGUCCAAAAGCUGCGCUACGCCCUCCAGAACCAAGAGUUAGAAGGCUGAGCCACGCUGAGCCGAGUCCCGGUCAGAAAAGUGUGUAGGAGAAUCUGAAUGUAUAGGAGGCAAAACCAUUCGAAUCACCCAAUAAAUGUUUUAGUUUGCA